GCUGAAUGUAAAUCUGGCCACAAACAACGUCUCUCUCUUUCUCUGUGUGGCAGUGAAUGCAACGAGGUGAGGUCGGCAUAGGAGAAGGAUUGUGUUUUGCGCACACAUUACGAGGACUGGAAUAUAUUUGGGGGUGAAAAACCAAAAGAGAAAGGGCGAAACCCACCUUAAUACUGCGCUUUCCCUCUUCUCUCCCUCUCUCUGGACUCACGGACUUGGACAAAAUGGUUUUCCCGAAAUCCCAGUGACUGCGAUGUCAGCACCUCUCAUCCGCCUCGUGUGGAGCACAGACUGAAGAAAUACACACACACUGAGAGGAAAAAAGACGCGUUUUGGGGUCAGGCGUUUCUCCCUCAAGAGCAGCCGUUCACUCACGGCACACUGAAUGCAAGAAACACUCGCCCCUGGCAGCUGAAGAUGACGUUACUAUGGAAACAGUUUUUGCUGCUAUCAAUCAUGGAGUAUCUUGCAGAGUGUCUGGAUUACAAAUCCUUUAACGGCCCAAAAUGGCGGAUGGAGCCCAGCGAUCUCACGGUCGGCUCAUUGGAGGAAGAAGCCACUCUGACCUGUGAUGCUAAAGGCAUUCCUUCACCACAGUACAGGUGGACUCUGAACGGCACAUUGAUUAAUUUCAAGACUGAUUCCCGUCGGCGGCUAUCCGGGGGGAAUUUAGUCAUUAGGAGUCUGGACCGGUCCCAGGAUGGAGGAAUAUACCAGUGCACUGCAUUCAACCCACUGGGAGCAGUGCUCAGUAGAAGAGCAAGCCUCCAAUUUGCAUACUUGAAUUUAAAAACUCAGACGAGAAGUGCCGUAUCUGUGCGAGAGGGCCAAGGGGUGGUUUUACUGUGCGGUACGCCAUCAUAUGCCGGAGAUCUCUCAUUUGCAUGGGUCUUUAAUGAGUACCCUUACUUUGUUCAGCAAGACAAUCGUCGCUUUGUCUCUCAGGCGACGGGAAACCUUUACAUCGCCAAAGUGGAGCCGUCGGAUGUGGGGAACUACACGUGCGUGGUGGUAAAUCGCAUUACUAAGGGCAAAGUCCUGAGCUCCCCGACCCCUCUGGUGCUACGGACGGAUGGUGUCAUGGGUGAAUACGAGCCAAAAAUUGAGGUUCAUUUCUCUGACAUGGUUCCAGCUGCAAAGGGAUCCAUCGUGACACUGGAAUGUUUCGCUUUGGGGAACCCGGUUCCCGAGAUCACAUGGAGGAGGGCGAAUGGGGUUCCGUUUCCCAGCAAGGUGAAGAUGAAAAACUCAAAUGUGGUUUUGGAGAUUCCCAGUUUCCAGCAGGAGGAUGCCGGAGGCUAUGAAUGUGUGGCAGAAAACAAGAUGGGAAAGAACACGGUUCAAGGACGACUGUCUUUCCAUGCAAAGCCUCAGUGGGUGCAGACGAUGCGAGACACUGCUUUGUCAAUUGAAGAGAGACUUUUUUGGGAGUGUAAGGCCAAUGGCAAACCCAAGCCUUCAUACAGCUGGCUGAAGAAUGGAGAACUACUCCCAGUCGAGGACAGGAUGCACAUAGAGAACGGAGCGCUGACCAUCAGCUCUGUAAACCUCUCGGAUGCCGGCAUAUAUCAGUGUGUGGCCGAAAACAAACACGGAGUCAUUUACUUUGGCGCCGAACUGGUGGUGUUAGCCUCACCCCCAGACUUUUCCAGAAACCCUCUCAGAGCUCUGCUUAAAGCCAAGGCAGGCAGCACAGUGUCAAUGGAGUGCAGGGCACAGGCCUUUCCUAUAGCCAUCAUCCUGUGGAGGAAAGGCAACGACCCGAUACAGGGCACCGAGAGGAUAACUCUUCUCCCUGAUGGAACGCUUCGAAUCACAAAUGUGACCAAGAUGGAUGGAGGGACAUACUCAUGUUUGGCUAGAAACCAGUUUGGUUCAGCCAGCACUACGGGAAGACUGCUGGUAACAGAUCCCACUCAGAUCACCCAGGGUCCAGUGGACAUGGAGAUCAUUGUGGGGGAGAGCAUCGUCCUGCCCUGUCAGAUCUCAUGUGACCCUGCUCUGGAUGUUUCUUUCUCCUGGGCCUUUAAUGGGCAGCUGCUUAACACACUCGACCAACAUUAUGAGCAUGUUGGUGGGAGCACAUCUGGAGAUCUGAUGAUACGAAAUAUACAACUAAAACAUGCUGGAAAAUAUGUCUGCGUGGUCGACACAGAUGUCGAGAGUUUGUCGGUUGCAGCCAUUUUAAUUGUGAAAGGUCCCCCGGGAGCUCCGGAUGGCAUUACAGUGGAAGAGAUCACGGACAGCACGGCUCAGCUUUCCUGGAGACCGGGCCAGGAUAACGGCAGCCCCAUCACGAGUUAUAUCAUCCAGGCCAAGACGGCUUUCACUGUGGGCUGGCAGGCGGUGAACACGGUCCCGGAGGUGAUUGACGGGAAUACCCUGACAGCAACAGUGGUGGAUCUGAAUGCAUGGGUGGAGUACGAGUUCAGAGUCCUGGCCAGAAAUAGCGUUGGUGUAGGCGAGCCAAGUCCAGCUUCUCUUAAGUCCAGGACUGAAGAUGCAGUUCCCGACACUGCCCCCGCUGAUGUCGGAGGUGGGGGCGGCUCCAAGUCAGAGUUAGUGAUAACAUGGGAGCCUGUGCCUGAAGAACUUCAAAACGGAGACGGUUUCGGAUACAUCAUCGCUUUCCGGCCGCUGGGGGAGGUCAACUGGACGCACGCCGUCACCUCUGCGCCGGGACAGUCUCGCUUUGUGUACCGUAAUGAGAGCAUUCCUCCCUUCUCUCCAUUUAAUGUGAAAGUCGGUGCCUACAACACCAAAGGCCAGGGACCGUUCAGCCCUGUAACAAUCGUGUUUUCAGCUGAAAAUGAGCCCAGUGGCGUUCCUGGUGGCGUGUGGGCCAGAAGCAUUUCUGCCACUGAAAUUGAAGUGAUCUGGCACAUUCUCACCUCGUCCCCCGAAAGAGUGUUGGGCUACGAGGUGAUGUACUGGGAGGAUGAUACAAAACCAGAGACCAUGGGCAAAGUCAGAGUGUCUGCCAAUCAAAACAAGGUUAACAUCAGUGGCCUGAGAGGAUUCACUCAGUAUUUCCUGACUGUGAGUGCUUUCAACACGGCGGGCACCGGCCCCAUCUCACCCACCAUCAACGUGACCACCAGAAAGUCCCCACCCGGGCAGCCACCUUUGAACGUGGAGUGGAACCUGAUUGGCUCCAAGCUCACCGUUCAUUGGGAACCCGUCAUUUCGCUGGAAAUGGAGUCAGAGGUUACUGGGUAUCAGGUGUCUUACAGGAGGAACCGACAUAAAGAAAUUAACACGAUAUCAACAAACCUGACCUCGGUGGAGCUCACCUUACCCGCCGAUGAUGAUUACAUCAUUCAGAUCCGAGCGCUGAGCGACGGGGGAGAGGGAACCCCUACUGAACCCAUCAACAUCCAUAAGCUUAGUAUGAGUGUACGAGGUUCCAGAGCCUGGCGAGCCAAUACCAUCCCCAUCUCCUUGCUUUCCAUUAUCGCAUUAUCGACAGUGAGACCGGCUUUGUGUUAACACUCUGAAGAAUUGAACAUCCCCCAACCAGGUCUGAUUGCCCGUCCUCUUCCUCGCUGUGGGAUCAUGGGAGAAAGACAGCGAAACGUUUCUGAGGCAAGAUUAUUGAUCCAUCUCUCCAUAGUUAUCGGAGCCAAUGGCCGGCGAGCCAUUUGAGGAGCGUGACGGAUAAACAACAACGUCACAGCGGUUGGAUUUCGUGUGCAUGUUACUACGGUGUAUCAUUGUCUUCUUGCAAACGAUCCGAGACCCUAACAAGGUCUAUCCGAAGGUUUUUGAACGAGGAGGGAUGACUCAUAUUACUGCACUGAGAUUUCAUCUCCAAUCCCUCAAAACAAAUGCCUUAUUUCCAUGUACAUGCCAAAGUAGUUAGGAUCAGUAUUAAGUUGUUUGUCGUGAAUGAUUUGUACUUCAUUAGUACGUCUUUAAUAACAUUUAGCCUCUGCUUACUCAUUCUUGUACAAGAGUCUAUGUGCCUUAUCUAUGUUUAAGUGUACGUAAGGCUUGUCUUUCUUUGCUUCGGGCACCAUUGUUGCAGCUACAAGCCGCUGGUACUUUAAGAUUGUCACAAUGGUACAUUCUCAUUAUGGAGAUUGUGUGUUUUGGUUUAUGCCUUUCACAAGCGUGUUAACAGCAGGAGGCGGUAAGAUGGUUAUUUUUGGGAUCUCGACAUGCAUAAAUAUAACACACCACUGGUAUGCACAGGCUUGGCAUCUGUUAUUAGUGUGUUAUGAGUCAUGGGAAUUAAUAACACAAGAAAAAAAUAAAAUUCAGAUAAGUGAAGAGUUUUAGGUAACACUUUUAAACAAGGAAAUGCAUUACAAUGAACAAUAUAGUUUUUUAUCAUUUAUUAAUCUUCGUUCAUGUUAGUUAAUGCCAAUACGGUUGUUUGUGUUAGUUCAUUGUGCAUUAACUAAUGUUACAGAAUGUAUUAGUUAAUGCUGAAAUGAAUAUGAACUAAGAUUAAUAAUUUCAAAGACUUUGAGGAAAAAAUUACAAUGACCCAUGAGUUUUUUUAUCAUAAGUCAAGAUUUUUAUCUAAAUCCUUAAUUAACAUUUCAUUUUAUUAUAUAAAUAUUAAAUAUUGUUAUUUAUUUAUUUUUUUCAUAUGAAGUACCUCAUAUGUUGUCCUACAGUUUCCAGGUUCUGUCUAGUACUGUAUUAUGUGACCCUGUCUGUGAAAUCCAGGCUAAAGUCUCAUAAUCUAAUGAUGCUAAUGAUGAGAUUUUGAACAUCAAAGUUCAUUCAUUGAUUUAAAUCUUUGACAUGAUCUUACUCAGUCAAUAUUAAAGAUAUCAAGGUUAUAUUUUCACUGAAUGUUCUUUGAUGAUUUUAUGUAGAAAUCACAAAAAAAUUAAAGACCACAUUUUAGUGCACUGGUUUUAUUUUAAUCAUCUGUUAGCUCUGCUGUUAACAACAUCUAUUAUGUGACACAGUACAUUAUUGUGGGUUCGCACCAGAUGCGAAUUCAACGAUUUGCACGAGUAGAUUACAUACAAAGUCAAUGCAGAGACGCGAUCAGACGCGUCCUCGCUUGGGGCGAUGCGAAUGACUCGAUAUGGGUGGCGCGUUUGCCUCGAAAACACACGCUAUACGCUUCAAACACGUCUUCGCGUCGGACUACUUUUAGGCGCUGCGUAAUAUCAUUGUGCCUGCUGCAGCCAUGUUACGGCAGCAAAGUCCUUAAUUAUUAAGCCCCAAAAUGAGAGUAUAGUUCCUAGCAGUAUCUGCCUAUAAAAUCGCAACCUUUAAUUUUCCGUCGGACCUAAUACACUAUGUAACUACAGAAGAGUCAAGUUUUUUUGGUUAUUUUUUAGCACAAUGCUAAUGGUCUAAUCAGAUUCAAUGGACUAUGCUAAAAUGAGCAUAUUUUCAAAAAAAGUGGAGUGUCUCAUUAAACCAUGUCCAGGAAACCACCCCUUUAUGUUUACUAUGUCUGAUAAUGCAUUGGAUGCGAGUUGUUAUUUUCCUCUGUUAUUAUCUACAGCAGAGGUUCUCAAACUAUUUGGGGUCAGGGACUCCCUUACAAUUAUAAAAGUUAUUCAGCAUAUGCUUACCACAAUUUGCAACCUGAAUACUUCAGACUUGUUUUUACUGAUAAACAAAAACACAUUUCAGCUUUAAUCAUCUUCAUUCCACUUGUGUUUUAAUUUUCAGAGGGUUAUUUUAUUUUAUUAUAUUUUGAUUCAAAAUUGCUACUUUUUACUUUUCAAAUUUAAAAGCUUUUCUAGAAGCAAGACUCUCAUAGUUAGCAGAUGGUCCCUAUAAGAAAUUAUGACCUUUUUAAUAAUAAAGCACAAUUGUGUAAUACAUAUCAAAUGAGUUUGUGGACCCCCUGGCUAAGGGAGGUCCCUGGGCCCUGCUUUGAGAACCCCUGAUCUACAGUAGAUGAAUGAGCUGUCUGUUAACAAAAAGUCGACCUGAUGCUGGUCUUUCUGUGUGCGUUAUACAGAUACCAGUAGAGAUUUAAUUGCAGCCCUAUUUGUUAUUCAUGGGCAUAGGGUGGAUAGCAUAAGUGUGUUGAAUGCUGCAAAUGUUUGUUCCAUCCUACACUUAAAAUGCUAAAUGUUUGCUGAAUGCAUCUCCCCAUGUCUAUUGUGAUUGUUGAAAGUUUUUGUUUUUUUAUGUUUUAAGUUUUGCUUUGUAUUUUAUGUUUAUUUGGCAAACAUCAGUCAAUAGGAAUGGGAAUAGGAAUGCAAUGCGGCCUCUGUUAGUACCGUUUAUUUGGAAGUGUUGUUGUUUGAAUUAUGCAAAUUAGGUAAUAGCAUAAACAUGCCUAUAAAGUCACCCCUGAACACAACUCGUACACAGUUUAACCAUCUAUUUUUGGACUAUACAGCACCCCACCGCAGCAAUUUUUAAAUACAGAAAGGGUGUUUAAC